UCUGCCGUCAUGUUUUCGUGUUGGUCCGUUUUCAGACCGCAGCUCCUGUGAAUGGGCUGGUUUUAAAGCAGCUCGUUGCUCUUUGUGUCUGUAACGAUGAACAGGACGCAGCUGAAGCGCUCCAGUAUCCUGAAGAUGGCUCUGUCCGGCUCGGAAGGGACCAACCAGGACCGGGAGGAGGCGUUUUUACUCCGAGCACUCCGGAUAGCCGCCGUGGUUGCUCUCUACUGGUUCGUGUCGAUAACUAUGGUGUUCCUGAAUAAUUACCUGCUGGACAACCGGGACCUGGACGCCCCGCUGUUCGUCACCUUCUACCAGUGCGUGGUGACGGUGGGGCUGUGUGGGCUCAUGCAGCUCGUGUCCACGUUCUGCCCGGGGACCGUGGACUUCCCGUCGGUCAAGUUGGACUUGAAGACGUCCCGGGAGGUCCUGCCUCUGUCCGUGGUCUUCAUCAGCAUGAUCACCUUCAACAACCUGUGUCUGAAACAUGUCGGGGUGGCCUUCUACACGGUGGGCCGCUCCCUCAGCACCGUCUUUAAUGUGCUCCUGUCGUAUGUUCUGCUGAACCAGAGCACGUCUGUGCACGCGCUCAGCUGCUGUGGCCUCAUCCUGGGUGAGUCCACAAACUCAAGUCCACCUUGUUCACACAUGCAGCCUCUACGCUUCUAG